GGGAUCACCAGCCGAGGAAGCUUCUUUCAAUCAUGAUUAUGCUUAUGAAUAUGAAUAUGAAUAUGAAUAUGAAUAUGAUCAUGACCAUGGCCAUUACCUUACAUAUACAUAAAUGACGAGAGAAAAGGAUGAGAGAAUUCCUUGAUACAACCGCAACCACAAACACAAACACAAAUCACCACAUUGUCGAAUCAAAAACUUGAAGGUUUCAAAGUCGGCUCAAGGCGGUGCGGUAGGUACAUGGGAUAAGACAGUUGAUCGGAUUAACAAUAGUUGAAAAAGCUAAUGAAUGAUAGGCCUUCUAAUUCUCCGAAAGCUUUUUGGUGAUGGAUGUAGUACGAACAAGGAAUUGUGAAACAAACAUCUCGAAUUGCAUCUUUUCACGGAAGAGAGGGAAGAACGCGAGAGGAAAUAGGGAAAAGACGAAGCAGUUUGAAGAUUAUUGACUGGCUGAUACAAUCUGAUACUCGGAUACUCGGAUACUCGGAUAUCAUUCUCGAACUCGAAAUCAUUCGAUACUUUGAGAGUAUUUUGCGAGCGAGAGAGAGAGAGAGAGAGAGAGAGAGAGAGAGAGACAGAGACCAAUCAAUCCUCGGGCUAUAGGAUCUAUCCUAUCUCUCCCAUCCAUCAUUUGAAGCCGACUUCUUAUUCUUCCUCCAAGGGGUUGUCCGAGACUUCCGAUUCUUUGGAUUCACUGGAUUCAUUGGGUUCAAUCUUUGAUUCGAGCUUUAAUUCAUUCAAUAUUGUUACUUCACCUACCUAUCACAGAUUGACUCUGGUGGCUUCGGGCUUUUCACUGUAAGGUUACCUUACCGUCAGCUACCUAACCAAGAUUGGAUAUCGAGCAUCGGAGGUUACUAUCGCCGAGGUAUGUCAGAGUUUCCACUUUAAUGAAUUCUUAGUGUCCUCCUCUUGUUUCAUUUUAUUGGAUCCUUCCUAUCCACAAAAGCUUUACUCAUAACGGACCUGGGUAACGGACCUGGUUACCGUACCCCUUCAACCUACUUCUAACUUGGUACAGCUUCUCGGACAACAGUUCUUCCAUACCGAAAAUUUCCAUAUUCAUCAUACCAUCAAAAUCGACUUUCUACAACUUCCGGUUGUUGUACAGUGGGCAUCUCAUUGUUUACUGUACUGCAAACCAAUUAUUCCGAGUCGCAUACAUCCUCUUCCUCAGACACCCUUUCAAGUAGGUUCAUUGGAGACAUAUUCAUUGUUUGGGAAUGUCGCAAAUAUAAUCAAUUUGCGACAGUUAUUAGGAUGGAAAUGCUUCAGGUCGAGAACCUCAACUAACAUUACCUUUCAUUAGGGAAAUUAAAACAGUUCUCCCUUCUUGUGCUGAUGAAGAUAAAGCGAAAAGAUGAAUCAUAACGACGCACCCAAUAUGCAAUCCUACCCAUCUCCUAACGCGACUGCUGCUGACAGUGGUGGUGGACCUUUCUAUGGACCAACUUCCUCAAAUCAACAUCAACACCAACAUCAGCAACCUCUACCUACUCCCGAUGAACUGCAACUUGCAGAACAAUUAUCCGCCGAUGCUCAACUAUCACGUAGCAUGCAGCCAAAUAUGGGAGCAAAUCGUGGAAUGAGCGAAAAUCCAGAUCCUCGAGGUCAAGGAAAUGUCAACUUGAACCAUCAAUAUCAGCCAGAUCAUCAAAUGCAUGGAGGGCAUACACCCAUGAAUCAUGGACUUAUGGAUGUCGGACCUCAAUUUGAUGAAGACUCUAUAUCUCCAGCUGGAAGAAAGAGAUCAAAGGUUUCAAGAGCUUGUGAUGAAUGUCGGAGGAAGAAGAUCAGAUGCAAUGCCAAUGAACCAGGAAAUGAAGACAUAUGCUCAAAUUGUAAAAGAGUAGGUGUUAAUUGUCAAUUCAGCAGACAACCUAUGAAACGUGGACCAAGCAAGGGGUAAGAAUAUUAAAAGAAGCAAUCAUGAUUAAGAAAACUCACUAACAAAGUGAUAGCUACAUCAAAGAGCUUGCUGAUCGAAUUAAUACAUUGGAGGGUCAAGUACAAGGAACUGAGAUGCCUCAAUAUCCCCAUCCACAAGAGAUUUUACAAAGAAGACCUUCCGAAGAGUUUUCUCCGACUCCGAAUCCUGAUCAGAUUCCCCGCAAGCGUGGUUAUUCCUCAAUUUCCGGGUCCGGCGAAUUUGUUUCUCCGUAUCAACAACAGAGUAUGCCUCCCAAUUGGAUUCCUCAAGAACAAUCGCGAUCUUCUAUUUCGAAUUCAUCAUACACUACACGAUUGCCUGGUUCUACUCAACUGCCUACUAGAGAGCAGAACUACUCGCCAAAUUUGAUGGUAUCUCAGCAGAAGUGGAUAAACGCACCCGAUGUGGGUGGCUCUGGCGAAGCAGUCAAUCACACUUCUCAAUCUCAUAAUGAAGAUGCUGUGGAAUGGAUUGACGACUCUCUUCUUGAGAGGUAUGCAGUUUUCCAAAGCCAUAAUAUGCACAUUUACUAACAAUUUCCAGUUAUUACAAAUUCAUACACCCAACUUAUCCAAUGUUAUCCCUUACCAAGGCUAGGUUAAAUGCUAGACUUUCUGCUUGUCCUGCUCCAGUCAGAUAUGCUUUUUGGGAGGCUUUAUAUGCUGCAGUCAGAUCAUUUCCCACCGCCAUUCCUCUUAAACCACAGGGUAUUGCACACGCAGUCAGACUCAUACACACUGCUUCAUAUGAUUCCCAAACUACACGUUCUCUUUCUACGAAUAUCGUAUAUCUUCAAAUUAUGAUGUUAUUAGCAAUCGAAGCUAACAAUCAGCCACGCGAAAUUCAAGACGGUGAAAUAAUUCAAUCUCCUUCUGUUUGGUUGGGUACUGCUGUUGGUUACGCUUAUUCUUUAAGAUUACACGUACACAAACCAGUUGACAAAUCAAACAAUGAUCCGGAUUCUGAUGAUAAGCAUGUGCGACGUGUUUGGUUUAGUUUGGUCAUUAUGGAGAGAUGGAAUGCUGCUGUUACAGCUUGUCCAUUACAAAUUCCUGAUUCAGUAGCACAAAUUUAUCCUGAUGAUCGAGCCCUAUUAGGUGAAGUUGCAUACCAUUUAGUUCGUAAGUUUAAUUCUCUCAUCAUACACGCUCAAUUCUUACUAAUUAUUUAGGUGUCGCCAUUGUUAUUGGAAAUUACCUGGAAGUAAAACUUGCCUCGACUGAUUUACCUCCACUCUCGGCUCAUCGUGGACUUCACGCUAGACUUCUCAAAACCCAACUCGAAUUAUUACGUCAUGAUCUCAGUACUUCUGGUAUCACACCUAUCGACUCUCCUGUACUUCAUAUAGGUUACUGGUGUGCUUAUCUUCUAAUUGUACUCCUUCAUACACCACAAGAAGAUUUCGAUGAACAAAUGAGAGCCACUCACUACAUCAUCAGUCAACUUUCCUUCAAUACCGAUAUGAGAUCUCCCUUAGUACAUCACUACAAGUGUUUCGCGGCCCUAGCACUUCCCAACCUCCUUCAGUUUGAAGCCACAAAGAAGGAUGCAGAAAGUUCAUUAAAACUUUUUCUUGAAGGACGUCUAGCUGCUUCUUCUUGGGAUAACUCGAUUAGAGAAUUCUUAAUCAAUAGUGUAGGAACUCAAAGAAGAUUAUCAACUAGUCAGGUUCAAGGUCAAGGUCAAGGAACACAACAAACCACGGUUGUUGGUACAAAUCCAAAAACAGAUGAUAAUCAACAUAUGAUCACGGCAGCAAAUCAAGGUCUUCAACGUCUUGCGGAUUUAGCAACAGCUUCUACGAAGGAUAGAGUUGAAGUUGGUGUUUCAACGUCGGACUCUGGAUUAAGGAAUGAUAAGGAUGGAGCUUUUUCAGGUGCUGGCUUGACUAAAGCAUAGGCGCAUAUUGAUGGGAGUAGAAGCGUGGGUGCGGGGAGUAUAUAGCUCUAAAUGAUUGUGCUUGCAAUGUGAAGAUGGCGCUUUCUUGAUAUGGAAUGGAGUCAUUUGGAUGGAUGGAUGGAUGGCAUUCAUGGUAUGUCAUGGCAAGGUGGUGUUUUUGAAUCGUUUUUGUUGUAUUUUACAAAGUUUGGUUGUUUGAUGUAUACCCCCGUUUGAUUAUUAUUUUUUUCGCGGAUUUUGUGGAGUGGAAAAGAGAAGGGGGGAGAAUUGGAGAGAAGGCUGGAUGUGGUUGGUGAUGGAUGUGCCUAUAAAGAGAGGAAAGAAAAUAGGAUAAACGCACGCAUGUACGCAUGUUUAGACGUUUCGUCGAGGUCUCACGGCUUGUGGUGUUGUGGAGUUGGUGGUAUAGGUAUAAGUCUGGGUUUAGGAUCGGGAUCGGGAUCGAGUUUGAGUUUGAGUUUGGGUUUUUUGGUAGUAUUGCAUUGCAUUCAAAGAGAGGAAGAGAAAGAGAGAGUGUGUGAGAAGGGGAGAGUGAGAGAAGGUGAAAUGGAGAAGACGAAAAAGGAAAAAUAGCAUGGUUUUGAGAAAUGUGGGGGUAAACGGACAGGGAGAGAAAGAGAGGCGCGGGCGGAGGGGUGGUGAUAUU